AUGGACGGCUGGUACAAACCCUGCCGGUUAAAGUCCGGCUAUGGACCGGCAGCCCUGCGAACGGGACAAGGGAAGGGCCACCAGCCGGAGGCGGGGCAGAGCGGGGGGCGGGCCGCGGCGCUGCCGCUGAGCCCCGCUGCGGGGCAGGGUGCUGCUGCCGCCGGAGCCCGGCCUCCUCCCCCCGCUGCUAGCGGCGCCGGGGCUGCCACAUCGGCACAGCCGCUCCGAGAAGGCGCUUCCCGGAGCGGAGCGGGAGCCCAGCACGCCGGGAGAUGGAGCCCCGCUGCCGCCCCCCGGGACUCGCCCUUCGCCAGGGCCGCCGCUGCCACCGCCGGGACGGAGAGUGAGGCGCCGCCGCCGUCUAACGCCGCAGCCCCGGCGGCGCGGCUGGAGGCGGAGGCCGCCGCGGCCCCUCCGUCCGCCGAGCCCGCGCGGCGGCGAGGCGCGGCCCCCUCCCGCUCGCCUUCCCCACUGCCGCUUCCCCGCCCCCGCCCGGCCCUCGCUGCUCCGCCGCCGGCAGCCGGGCCAUGGCGGGGCGAUGAGGGAGCGACCGCCCCUGUCCGCAGGCUGCGUGGGGAGGCGGGGAGCGACGGGGCUGGGCGGCUCGGGGGCGCUAGAACCGGGCGGCGGGGCGAGGGGAUGUGGGGCGUGGGGGUUGCGGCGCUGCAGCUCCUCACUCGCGCUGUGAAGCAGGCGGCGGUACAGGGGGUCCGGCAGGACUUCGGCCGUUGGCUGUCCCGAGCCGCCGGGACGCCGGCAGGAGGCGGCGGAGACACCGUCGGCUUCGUUCCGGCGGAGGCAGCGGGGACCGGCGGGCUGCUGCUGGGGCCCUACGCGGAGCCGGGCGGGCUGCCGCCGGCAGAGCUGCUGCUCUGCCACUUGCCCGAGGCGGGCGGCGGCGGGCCCGGGCUGGCCGAGGCCCGGGGCUGGCGUUGCUCCUGCUGCCUUCUGGGUACCUGCUGGUGCAAGAGCUGCCUCAGCGUGUGCGUGCUGGCGGCCCUCUGCUUCGCCUCGCUGGCUCUGGUGCGCCAGUACCUGCGGGACCUGCUGCUCUGGGCCGAGAGCCUGGACAGCCUGGCCGGCGUGCUGCUCUUCACCGUGGGUUUCAUCGUCGUGUCCUUCCCCUGUGGCUGGGGCUACAUCCUGCUCAACGUGGCCGCCGGCUACCUCUACGGCUUCGUGCUGGGCAUGGGGCUGAUGGUGCUUGGCGUCCUCAUCGGCACCUUCGUCGCCCACGUGGCCUGCAAGCGGCUGCUGGCCCGCUGGGCCCGGGCCAGGAUCCAGGGCAGCGACACGCUCAGCGCCGUCGUCCGCGUCGUGGAGGGCGGCAGCGGCCUCAAGGUGGUGGCUCUGGCACGAUUGACGCCCAUCCCGUUCGGGCUGCAGAACGCCGUCUUCGCGAUUACAGAUUUGUCACUACCCAACUACCUGAUGGCUUCUUCACUUGGACUGCUUCCUACUCAGCUCCUGAACUCAUACUUGGGCACUACCUUGCGCACCAUGGAGGAUGUGAUUGCAGAACAGAGUGUCAGCGGCUAUUUUAUAUUCGGUUUACAGAUUGUCAUAAGCAUAGGACUCAUGUUUUAUGUGGUUCACCGAGCUCAAGUGGAGCUGAACGCGGCCAUUGUAGCCUGCGAGCUGGAAAUGAAGACAUCUCUUGGCAAAGACGCUCAGCCCAGCAUCAGUGCUUCAGCCACAUACUGCAGCAAAAGGACAGUAGCAUUCUCUGGGGGGGGUGUCAAUAUUGUGUGAUUUUUAAGUAUUAAUAAAACAAGGGGUUUGUGGACCUAAGAAAUAUCUCUGGACAAUUCAACUGGUUUUAAAAAGAAAUUCCGAGUGGUUGCAGGUUGUCCUGUGGCACAGACCGACCGACCACCUCCUCACUGCACAUGGGGUGACUUCUGGCAGGAAAAGAGAGAUGGUGAAGUAACUUAAGAUGUAAACACAAAUCUGACUGCACCUUUGGUCGUUUGUUCUGCCUGUCAUGGCCUGUAGUCUGCACUUUAGGGUUGUUGUUUUUUCCUUUGCUUCUAUCAACUGUGAAAUGCAUCUAUAAACAGAGAAAAGUAGCACAGAGGUAAAUAUUUUUCUGCUUAGCAUUAUUUAUAAGGCUGAAUAAUUAUAUGCAGUAGAGUUUUGUUACUGAUAAAGAUGAAUGAGGAAGUAUGCAGUCCAAUGGUGGUUAUUCUUGAAUGUGCUUUGGCUUUUGGAAUUGCUUCCAGAGCUUGGGGUGUAUUACUUAGCUGGCGGUGGGGACCAUUUGGCUUUCCCUUCCCUUUGGAUUUUUACAGCAGCAACAACAAAGAAGAGAGAAGCCUAUACAAGGUUUUGGUUGAAUGUAUUUUUGUAAGUCAUUAAAAACGUCGCAGAGCCAUGCAUAUGUAUUCACACAAGCUUAAAUCCUACCUUGUGGGACUGAAGUGCUCUUAAAUAACAUUUUAAGUUACACUGUGUAAUAUGCAAAGCAAAAGGGAAAAACACAGAGGUUUUAAUAGAUUGCAGUGACUGUUUGAAGGAGACUUCAUGACUUGGUGGCUGCAUUGUUUUUACCACCUUGGUGAUUGUGACAAAGGGCUGUUCCACCUUAGUCCUGUUCAGAGUUGAGUGUUAAAAGGGUGGCGGUUUCCAGCUCGCCUGGCUGCGUGUAACGAGGCUUCCAGCACAGGGAGCUGAACCUCUCCUAGAAAGGAAACGAUGGAUCCCAGCAGUACCAAUAUUCCAUGAAGGUGGCCUUGAUUUUGUAAAGUGACUCCCCCUCUCCCUUUGCAAAGCUUUAAACCUUCCCUUUGGUCUUGUUUUCUAAAGGUUUGACUUUUUGUAAAAGACACGAGCUAGUCUCAAUUCAUCAGAGUGG